AUAGCCAAACAUAUUUCUUCAUACCAGUGAGAGACAACAUGUCUUCCCUAAAAGAAAUUGUUAUGAUGUACCAAAGUUUGAAGAGAGAAUGGGACAAGAAGCCUCCAAAUUUAGACCGCUGUGGAGAGUUGUUGGCGAAAUUGAAGGUUGCCUUGACUGGUGUGAUGUUCCUCCCUACAGAUGAUUCCGCCCCUACUAAACAGGAGCUCCUUGUUGCACGUGAUAUAUUAGAAAUUGGAGCACAGUGGGCCAUCUGUAAACAUGACAUACCAUCUUUUGAGAGAUAUAUGGCACAGCUUAAAUGUUACUACAUGGACUAUAAAGACAACCUGCCGGAGUCCACAUAUAAAUACCAGUUACUGGGUCUCAACCUCCUCUGUCUACUCGCACAGAACAGGGUCGCAGAAUUCCACACUGAGUUGGAGUUAUUACCUGUGAAAGAAUUACAAAACAACAUUUAUAUCAAACACCCAGUAUCUAUGGAGCAGUAUCUGAUGGAGGGCUGUUACAAUAAGGUGUUUUUAGCCAAAGGAAACGUACCAGCAGAAAAUUACACAUUCUUUAUUGACAUUUUAUUGAACACUAUCAGAAAUGAGAUAGCCAGUUGUAUAGAAAAGGCCUACGAGAGGAUAGCUUUGGGAGAAGCCGCCAGAAUGUUGUUUUUCGAAUCACAAAAACCCAUGAAAGAGUAUGCUGUCAAGAGAGGGUGGACUGUCUCCUCAGACAACUUCUUCCAUUUUGCAGUACAUGAACAGAAAGAUGCAGAUGAAUCUAUACCAGCCAUGCAGCUUGCAGAACAGACGAUAGAAUAUGCACGUGAACUAGAAAUGAUUGUAUAGUGACUUCUCUAGGAGAAAUACAAAUAUCUUAACAGUCUAAAUCUGUGUUCAUCACAGUGGUAUUGUGGCAUGUACAUUAAAGCAGGAAGCAGGUCCGUCUGAAAUUAUGUCCUACAUAACAUAAGGGCCAACAAAACCUGCAUGCUGGCCUGUUAGUACUCAACUGUUAAUAGCAGCUAACGCCACCUAAGGUGACUUUAAUACAGUGUAACAGUGUUACCAUCAGUCUGUAGAAACUGCCUCUCUCACUAUGGUAGAAUAUUACCAGACACAGGCAUUUUUAAAUGCUUUAUUUUCUCUGUUGAAAGACUGGAAGUAACACUAAGGAUUAGCAAUGGCUUGAUAGGUGAAUAUUUGUGAUUUGUAUGUCCAUGUUUGUGUGUGUGAGUCUGAUGAGCCAAAUGAUAGUGAGGAAGAGAGUAAGAUAGUAAUGUUCCAUGUGUUUACAACUUGUACGAGGCAGUCGUUCAUAAUCAACUGCACAGAGAUGCAGUCUGAAAACAUUUAUAUUGUAAAUCUUAUACUGUAUGACAGGUUGACUUGUAUUAAAUGGAUUCAAAAUCAGUCUAAUAUCAUCUGAUAAUCAACUGAAGGAUUGCUAUACCAAGUAAUGAAUGUAAAACAAACGGGAGUGCUUAAUAUAUGUCAUAUUAUUGGUGCAUUAUUUUCAUCAGUUUGCACUUUUCUUUAUCAAUUAAAAAUAUUUCUUACA